UUGGAUUUUGAAGAACACGAGCUAAAUACGCCGAAAGGUUUCGCAACGGAUGAAAGUCUAAAAGCAGUGGUUGACAUUAUCGACGAACAUUAUCCAAGUAGCCGUAGGGAGUGCUUAAGACUUCUGAAUCAGCUGUUGAUCAGCGAAGAUCGGAACCUGGCUGCUGCUGCACUACAAGAGCUAAGCGACCGCACUCCGCUGAUUGCUUAUCCUUUGAUCCGACAGAUUUUGGUCCGACUAAAAAAGCUAUGCUAUAAAAAAGACCGAUGGAACGAUUCACGACCAGAUAGCAUGAAUCAGCAGCUGUUGAAGAACAUGCGCGUCUACGAAGUGGUUUUGGAAUUUUUGAGCAUACCGUAUGACAAGGUAUGA